UUACUCUUAAAUCGCUCUAUUUAUACAUUUGAUUUUCCAGUGAACGAGAAAAACCUGAUGGACAAGCCCCCCAUCAUGACCCGCCCGGCGCCAUCCCCAGUGGGUGGGCGUGGUCCAAGGAAAACGGUGGCGCCGAGGCCAAGUCCUCCUCCACCCCUUGAAGGACCCUUCAUCCAACAACGUGCCCCCCUGCACGAGGACAUUCAAACGUACAAACCGGGCUGGUCAAUUCCUAAACUUCGCGUGGAAGAUAUUGGUCGGUCAAGUUCAAAUCGAGGCUUACAGAUUCUUCCCCCAAGAAAAAAAUCAUCCGCAAAUCCUGUCGCUAAUACGGACAUGCUGGGACAAUUUGACAAGUUCGUGGCAAAUCCGAGCCCAAUGAUUACAGAGAAGAGGUCGAGUCAGCUUAGGCAAAAACUAAGGCAUGAAACAAAGGAAAAACUGGCAGAUAGCAAGAUGGAGAAGGAAAUGGAUAAAAUGAGAAAUAAGUUUUUUGGCGAGAUCAGCUCCGAGUUGGGAUUUGGAUAUGAACAAACCUCUCCCGAUACCAAUUCCAAAAGACCUGUUGCCCCACAACUUUCCGCAAUUCGACUCGCCCCCGCAGAAACCGACUCUUGGAGCGUGAUCAGUUCAAAGAUGACCAAAUCGUUAAAAGAUUGGGCAACGGAUGCGCAAAAAGCUGAGAAUCGCGAAUGGGUGCAAUCCUCCGCGAGUGGAAACCUUCUGAAUAAGAAGACCCACCGAGGAACGCGGACGAUCAGACCUCGCUCAAAGUCAAAAACACGUGCCGCCCUGCCAGCCGGAACCCUGCGGGAAUACUUGGACAUGGGAACGGGCAGAUCGGCUCGACGCGUGGUUAACAGUGAAGACAAACUUGCAAUUAUUUCGCGAGGAUUUCGCAAAACUUUGGAACCAAUUGCGUCACGAGAUAUCAGAUCUCUUAUUCAAACUCCGCCGGAAAAUGUGAUGGAGAAGCUUUCUCUCGAACACGACUCAGCUCUGGAACGCUCACCUCGCUCGAGUCAUCAACCAGCGAAGAAUACUGAGGUGAAAACUGGGGGAGAUGCUGUUUCCUCGUCUCACGCCACCAGGAAGAAGACUCGAGUUAAUAAUAACGCCCAAUCUCACGAAAUCCCCCGAGGACGAAGUGGUUCUCAAAAUCUGGCUGGAUUGAUGAAUUUUCAGUCUUUACUAGAAAUCCAAUCUGCCAACGAAGGCCUACCUUCUUCUAAAGAACGCGUAGCAAAACAGACAAAACCUGAUUCUCAAAAGAGGAAAAGUCUCCCCGAAAUGAAGCAAAAGCUUCUCCUUUCCGGGACUGAGAUGCACGGAACGCUCCAACGUUCCGUCAAAUCGAUCGAUCAAGCUGCAAAAAUAGCUCAGAAUCUGGGCAACUUGAUGUCAAAGGUGGCCAUGCAAAAUGCUGCAAAAUCCAACAAUGACGCCUCAUUAGACCAGCAAAAGAGUCUCAAAUCCACUUCAACAAUGUCGUCCCCUGCCGAAUCGCAAAAGUCAAUCGACCCCGAACUCAAGGAUUUACUCCACCGAAAUCCAUACGCUCCACUAACCGAAGAAAUUAGACGUAGAGCAGAUCGAUUAGCCGAUGUGGUGGAACAGGCCGAAAGAAAUCUGAAACUUCACGGAGCCGCGUUUGGAAUCACGUCCUCGCCAAAAAUACGGUCGCAUGGAAAUUCUCCGAGGAAAAAUGAUCAAAAGACGACUUCCACCAGCAUGACGACGACAUCGUCCGGAACUGAUUUUGGUUUGCAAACGGAAUCGCCCAGGAUCAUCAAGGGGACCAUUGAACCACCAGGGGCAGAGUUUGAAUUUGUAUCAGAUAUGAGUUACACGGAUCAAUUAAUGCUGAAAAAGCUGAGGGGUUUGAAGUCCUCGUGGGGUGAAAGUUAAUUAGUUUGUAGAUAGAUUUUCGCACACAAAACAACUUUAAUGAAUGCUGCAUAAAGACAAUAAAAGUUUACUAAUGG